AUGAUCAGAAAUUCUGUGACUUCACAAGUAUUCUGUAUGUUCCGAUAAAGAACCCAACAUAAUCAAAUACUUGACUUACUGCCUGAAAAUUAACAUUUGUAUACAGUACUGCGGAGUUUCAUUUGAGGCACAACAAUUCUAACAGGUAUUGUUUGAUCUGGACCCUCAGUUAAAAUUGUAAAAUUUCUGACAUUAUGCUCAAGUUCAUCCUUGGCAAAUUUGGCAACAUAGUUUCAUAAAUAAACUGCUUUUAUGAGCCAAAGUGUUUUUUUUUUAGCAUUUGCUUUCUGCCAUGGACAAGUUUUUAACUUGGAUACAUGUUAAUAAUGCAUUAUUAUAAACAGUUUCAAAAGUUGUGCACAGGCUUCCUCUUGAAUGGGCAUUAUGCUGUCAAAUUUUAACAUUUAAAUUUUAAUUAUCUCUUCCCCACCCCCUUUUAUGUAGUCUCCCAGACCAUGGACCUUUUGAGCAGGCAGCUGGAGAUCUGCAUUCAACUGAUUCUGGUAGCUGAUGCUGAAUUGCAGGCGAUCACUGUUUUGUCUCUUCCCAUUUCCUUGCUAUCUGUUCUGUACCUGUCUUUGUGGGACAGGAGAAGAGUCGGCAAGAUCUGCAUUGUUGUCUGCAGGAAUCCAGCUCAACUGCACAACCUGAAAAUGCUGCUGAGGCUGCAUCAUAAUGAAUUGGCCAUACCAUCUCACUGCAUAACCCUCUAUAGGAGUAGCUUUUCACAUUUCAGUUGGGGAAAUGACAAGAACUGAACACUUGUUUAAAACAUGCUCCAUCUACCUGGCUGUUGCACAACAUUUUUGUCCUUGAGUGAUUCCAGAGCAUUUAACACCUUGGUGACAGUCCCUGCGUUUGAGUCUGGCCUCUCCUUGACACUACCAUAUUAGAAGCAAAAGCUAAAUUGCAUUGCAUUGUAAGAUCUGACUAUCAAUACUGCUUAUUGGUUUAAUGGCCUUCAGUAGGGUGAUUACACAUGGUAUAGUCUACAGUUGUUGUGAUUCACCAAGGCAUUCUAUAUCCUUGAAUAAUGAUUGGGGAAAAGGCGUUUAUUUGUAAGGCAUGCCUACUUUUUCCAUCCUCCCAAAAAAUACUCAAGCUUGCUUCUUUGAAUCAUAAAAUAGCAAAACACAAGCUCUGACUGUCUAGUAGGCACUAGACUUGUGCACUACAUACCCACUAUUAGAAUACAACCUAUCAGUACCACUAUAAUUUAGUAGUUUCAAAAUUAAAUGGCUUUAAGCAAAGCACUGUGGGGCCAAUUAAGUACUUUAUCUGCACUGAUAUAAAAAAACCAAUAGCAUAUUUUUAUCAAUAGUGCUCUUGUUUUAUUAAAAAAAAACUUGAAAUACAGUCAAUGAAAGAGCACUUCACUCAACAGAACAUCAUUAAUUGUAAGAACUCUUAAGCGACCUGCUUGAAGCUGUUAAUACUGUUACAUAGUGGCAACAUAUGAGUGCCUUCUGAUGCAAAACUUACAGAUCUUUGCUAUUGCCAUUUUUAAUAAUUUCAACUGCCUGUCAAAAUAAAGGUUUCUGCAAUUUUGUUUUGCAGAAAUGUUUUGCAUUUUUUUUAUAGCGUAUCUGCCUCCUUUUUAAACUUUAUACCUUUAACCAGCGAGUUGUAAUUUGAAAACUAGUUUCCCAAGUGGACUCAGUCUAAGUUUGAAUGUAUGUUGUUAAUGCAGUUAGGACAGGAUGGAUUGUGACACUGCCCACACCUAUAUUCUGAAAUUGGCUGUUCAUAUUGCCAUUCAAUAAUUUGUUCCAAAUAUAGGUGUUAGAAUUUUGAGUAGGGUGGAGUUGGGGAGAAAAGUAAUAAUGCUUAACUUGGCUGCUGUGCUUUUAAUUUCUAAUAAAUGGCUGUAUCUGGGCAAUUUAACUGAAAUAUUCAAGUCCAGGAGGAAAACAAAGCUGCCUUACACAAAACAAUGUAUGUUGUACUCAGCUAGUAAUAAACAAGCCUAACCCUACCACACUUGUCAGAAGACUGUUCCCCUUGUUUUUCUAAUGCUGUUUCUGAUAUCACUUUGAGCUGGGAGGGAUCUGAUUUGUUGUAUCUGCUUAGUUUAGGCCUGUUAAAGAGAUUCCUAAACUAAUAGGUGAUACCUGAAUGUUUGAAUUUGAAAUGUGUAAGCAAUUGUGUUUAAAACAGUAGAGAAAUGCUAGAAAGCUUUAAUCUUACACUGGGCAUCUAGAAAGAGCAGGUGACCGGAGGCAGAAAAUGUGUUGUCAUUUGCUGUCCUUUACAAAUUGUGUUAAUCAUGUUAAAGUAUAAUUGUUGCAUUUUCAGAACUGGAUCAGUGAUUUUUCUACCGAUUGGGAGGGUAGUGUGGGAUGGUAGGGAAGAACUGAAUGAAUAAGUCAUGUCUUGUAAGGCAACCUUCAGGAAUUGUAAAUUUAAAUGUGUGCAAGUGAGUGCAGCAAGAUUACUGGACUAGGUUUGCAUACAUAUUGAUCCUAAUUAUAAAUAAAGGCUGUAAUCUAAUAUUACUUAAUUAUUUUUGGUCAGAAGGAGAAUUUUAAAAAAAAAACUGACAUUUUCUAUUUUUUUUAUUUUUUUUAAAAGGUAAUUGAUACAAUUACACCCCUUUGAUACGAUGGGUUCAGGGCCUGUAGAUCCAAAAGAGCUUCUGAUAGGGUUGGACUGCCUACUUGGUAAAGAUGGGGAAAUUAAAAGUGGUGAUGGUGUCAUUAGAAUAUACAGGUUAAUGAAAGAUGCAAAAAAGUUAGUGAGCAGAUGCAUGUACUUGAACAUUUUGCUGCAGACCAGAUCGGAGGAUAUCUUGAACCAGUUCAUUAAUGUUGGUGGUUACAAGCUGCUGAAUAACUGGCUGGCUUAUUCCAAAUCUACUAGCAACGUACCAUUGUUACAACAGAUUCUGCUGGCAUUGCAACUGCUGCCACUCACUGUGGACCAUCUAAAACAAAAUAACACAGCCAAGAUAGUGAAACAGUUGAGCAAGAGCUUUGAUGAUGAAGAACUCAGGAAGUUAGCACAAGUUCUGGUCAACCAUUGGAUGACUGUAAUUCGUUCUCAGAGCACAGGUCCUGGCGCACAAGAUAAACAGCCAGAGAGAAAGAGGCGGAAAGAUGAAAAGAAAGAUGAAAGCAAGAUUCGAGCACCAGUUUCUGAGCGAGUCCCAGAUCCCAAAUCAGACCUCCGAGUGGAGACGAAGGAAGAGGAAUCAUUGGAGAAGAAACGUGAGAAACCCAAGUCGUUACGGACAACUGCACCCAGUCACGCCAAGUUCAGAUCAACAGGCCUGGAGAUGGAGGCUCCCGUUCCACCAAAGAAGAGUUCUUCUGGCCCGGUAAUUUCCGACAAGUACAACAUCAAGCCAGCGCCUCUGAAGAGACCAAGCUCAUCUCUGACAAGUAGCUCUGCACCACACAUGGAGAAGAAAUACAAACCGCUCAAUGUGACACCCAACACUACUAAGGAAAUUAAAGUUAAAAUAAUUCCUCCCCAGCCUAUUGAAAGUACUGGUUUUCUAGAGGCACUCAACUCUGCCCCAGUACAUGGAUUAAAAAUCAAGAAGAAGAAGAAGAUCACUUCCCCAACUAGCGUCAAGUCCAAUCCUUUUGAUCAAAAAUCCAGUCCUGAACAGAUCAGCACCAAGCCUGCUUCUCCAGAAGUUGCUAUCACUGAGCCCAUGGAAGUGGAGAGACCUAGUACACCUGUGCCACUGGAAGAGGUGUCUGAGCCUAUGGAGAUGGCUGUUGAAGAGGAUAUGACGGUGGCUGCAGCUGCGACAGUGGCUGAACCUUCUCCACCAGAAACAGUGCCAGAAGCAGCCAAGCUGACAAGAAAGGGAAAGAAAAGGAAGACUGUGUCAUGGCGUGAAGAAUCCAAGCUACGAGAGUAUUUCUACUUUGAACUGGAUGAAACUGAGAGAGUUAAUGUGAACAAGAUUAAAGACUUUGGUGAAGCUGCCAAGCGAGAAAUGAUGAUGGAUCGGCAGGCAUUUGAGACUGCUCGCAGGUUAAGCCAUGAUACAAUGGAGGAGAAGAUCCCUUGGACGUGCCCUGUUUUAAUCGAUUUGGGUCCGCAGUUAGCAGAGAGGGGCAGUAGCAGUCAGGAGAAGUACAUUCAAGAAGAGCGAGAGAAAGGGAUUCUACAGGAAAUCUUCCUCUCCAAAGACUGUGUUCCAGAGAGUCCUCAUGAGCCUGAUGCUGAAUCUUAUGAAACUAUUCCACCCAAGAUCAUUCCUUUGGAUGAUGAGAAUGGCAUAGAGGACACCACAUAUGAGGAACCAAUGAAAACAGUCGCGGCUUCUCAGUCUCCUGAUGGUUCAGGAAGCUCCAAGCUGCCUCCAGUGCUGGCCAACUUGAUGGGCAGUAUGGGCAUAGUGAAGAACCAGCAAUCUGGAUCAAAUGCCAACACGGGCAUCAAUGUCCAGGAGUUACUCACCUCCCUUAUGAGCAAUCAAAAGCCCAUUGACGAGUUAGUCAAACAGCCAGAGUUCUCUGAUAAAAUCAAACAGCUGCUUGGACCACUGCAGAACCAAGCCCCACCAGGUCAGCGAAUGGCUGCCCCACCACCACCGGUGAAUGGCUAUCCUCCCAGCCAGAAUAACAUGCCUCACUUCCAUCCUAGUGGCCCUGCAGGACCAGGGGGACCUUUCCCAGCUCCCCAUGGCCCUGGUGGCCCGAGAAUGAUGGGCCCACCUCAUCAUCAAAGGGAUGGCUACUGGGACCAGCCAAACGACAACAUGAGGGGCAACCCACAUGGCAUGCGUGGAGGUCCCUACCAGCGAGGUCGGGGACGUAGUGGUGACCAGAAUUUCCGAGGUCGCAGUGGACGGGGCCACCCCCAUGGAGGAGGAAGGGGAGGACAUGGCAACCACGGGGGAGGAAUGGGUGGCAACCAUGGUGGAGAUAUGUCAAACAGACCCAUGUGUCGGCAUUUCAUGAUGAAAGGCAGUUGCCGUUACGAGAGCAACUGUGCCUUCUACCACCCUGGGGUGAAUGGCCCCCCGUUGCCGUGAAAUUCAACACGAUCCAGUUUUAAGAAGUAACAGAGGAAAAUUAGCGUCGGCUGAAGAGUGCGAAAAUAUGGUCUGGCUGGGUCAGACACUAGUUCCUUUGGAGACUCCUGACAUCCCAGAGUGAGCAGGCCUCCCUCUAUCCUGUGGAAAGUUUGAACAGUUUUCACUGCUGUAUUACAGACGAGCAGGACCCUGCCUGGGUCUCCCAUCACGGUCUAUGUAGGCUUCUAAAUAAUGGAACUGAAAGGACAUAAGGCUUGGGGUUUAGACCACUACAUUAUUGUUGCUGUUGCUCAGAUACUGGAUCCAACUCCCAGUUUGUCCCUGUCCUUUUUCUCCCUAACCCCCCAUGCCCCUGAACCCUUUUUUUUUGUGUUUGCCUCUGUGAGGCUUAUUAAGGCAGCCUGAGAUGCAGAUGAACUUUGAAGAGGAGAAAAAGAACUGCUUAUUCUCAACAAGGUUGCAUGUUAUUCUUCUGCCAGGAUGAAAAAUAAACAAGACUGCCCUCUUCCCAUUUAGUCAUUGUGACACGUGAUGAAGGGCAGAGGGUGGGUUGGGGUGAUGAGCAGCUUGUGCGUGGCCUGCUGAAGAAUUGGGAAAUGCCUUCCCACCCUCUUUUAGUCUGCUGGUCUGUUAUAUUGGAAACGAACAGCGCAGAGAGGACAUCCAUAUAUCCGACUAGGUAACUACUGAACACUUCUACCUCUGCAUUUUUAAAAUAAAAAAGCGGUCAACUAUUUCAAUACUGCAUUCAACACCCAGCUGAAUCCUCUCUCCCUGUAUCAUGUCAAGACUCCUUUUCCAAUGAAGGAGAAAAUAUACUGAAAUUGGAGCUUACUUUCAACCAGUGUUUUCCAGAGAUCUGUUGUGAAAAUUCCCCUGAUUCAUUUCCCUCUUAGCUCCUAGCUUCCUGUUUCCUUUUUAUACCUCCCCUACACACAUCAACUUUCCAUAGCAGAAGUCCUGACCACCUUUCAGUUGCCCUUUCAGUGUGCAGUAACUGAAUUUUUCUCAAACUAUUUUUGUAAAUAUCUAUUUUGUAAUAAAUGCUCUGCAUUUAGCUGAUCGGAUUGGGGUGGGGGGGAAUCAGUGUUGUAUUUUUAGUGGGUAAUGUCUCUGACUCUUCCCUUGGCCAAGCAUGUAGUUUACGUCAAUCCCAAGUAACUGCUUGCAGCAUUCUUCCCACUUGCCCCUCCCUCACUUAAAGUAGCUCAUCAAACCCGGGAUAUAUUUCCCAUUCAACCUGUAUCAAUUGCACGCCACCUAGUAUGGCAGAAUACAUUCACCAGAGUACAGUGGACAUUUUUCCUUACAUUGUCCAAUUUGAAGUUCCUGACUGUGGUUAUGGUAUAAAUCUUUUAGCAUUUCUUAAGGAAGUGAUAAUCUAGGCAUGUUACUGGAAAUUUUGUACAGGGAGCUGACCAUUCAGAAACCAGUUUCAUGCCCGUUGGCAAAACUGUCCCGUACACCUUUAGAGUAUUAAGGAAACCCAGCUUAAUCAUAACUGCCUGAACUACAAGGGGUUUCAGAGUUUAAGCUGAAUUUUGAAGGACAAUGUAGGGUGAUUAAGUAGAUAAGAGCCUAGUACAAAUUGUCAGUUGCUUAACACUGAAGUAAAGCAUUGUAAUUUAUAAUUAAGACAACCUUCAAUUGCGUAACUUCGGUUCAGUCUUUGCUGUUCCCCUUUUUCUGAUUUUUUGCACUUAUAAGAAAAAUGUUGAAGGGUUCAUUUCUGUUUUUUUUGUACACUUGAGAGCCACAAAGGAAACAUCCAUAUCAGUAUCCAAUUGCUUGCUAAUGGAUGUGAAAAUUGUUGAUAUCUAGCUUGGUGCUCAGUUUCAUUCCAAGCCUGAACCUCUGAUAGUUUAGUGGUGAUAGGGAGGGAGGAGCUACUUUCCUGGCCCACUGAACAUACUUGUGUUCCUGUGAAGAUUAUUUUCCCAAAUAGUUUGAGUGAGGAACUGUACAGCCAUUUUUUUUGCUUAAUUAGGGCCCACAGCACUUUGUCUGAUUUAAAUUUUUUCUGGCUUUAACAGAUGUUUGUGAAUUGAAGCCCUGGCCUGAAAUAAAAGUUAUAUUACUUGCUUCAAGUAAAAUCAAGGAAAAUCCAGAGCAUUUGAGUAAUUCACAACUGUCAUUUGCCACAGUUAGAAGUAGUGUUUUUAAUGAAGGUUCGAAGGCAGGACCUAAAUUGACACCGUGAUUAAAAUAUGAUGCAGCUGUUAGGAGGGAGCAAGUGGCAGGAAAAUGGGAAAUGUGAAACGUUACUUGGAAAUCAGUAUUGUUGAGGAUUAACCAUUCCGAUCUUCCCUCGGAGUGGGAAGUUAUUACGUUGUAAGAAUGCAUCGGAUCAGCUGAGCUUCCCCUCCCCUGACCCCCAUAUAAAUUCUACAUUGCACUAACAGUACUGUUGUACAUAAACAAAACAAGGACAAUUUAAUGAUCUCUGGAACAGGGCAGUUACUUUAUAUUUUCUUUGAGAUACUUUGUUUAAUUUUACAGAUGUAUAUGUUCAUUUUGUCAAGUUUGUUCCUUUUUUAUAUAUAUAUAUAUAUAUUAAAAAAACCCAUCAGAAUUGAUGUGGUGAUAAUGGCUGCUACUGAUCAUUUUACAGCUCAACUCUUUUUUUGAACAAUGGAUAUUGUACAGUUAUGUUCCUGUGCUUAUUAAGAAAAGAAUAAGUAACUGGGACUUUUUUUUUAACAAACCAAUAAAGUAUUUUGAAAAUAGUCUGUGCCUGUGCAUGUGUGCACCUAUGAAGGUUUGUGUAUUCAGGGAUCUUUGCUUCCUACAAGCAUACACAACUAACGUGAUUUUUACUUUCUGUGAAAACUGUUGCUUAUCUCUCAUUUUAGAGACUUAUCGUUGGGAUAAUCUUUCCCUGUAAUCUGUCCUAUUUUUUGUAUGAUAUUCCUUUUUCUAUUUUGAUAAUAAAACAUUGCUAAAACA